AUGAACCGACCUAAUAUCCAGGAAUCGGAAGAAAGAGUGUCUGACGAUGACCACUCGACUCUUAUUCCCGAGCACAUUGUCGAUGCGGCAUCUCAGCGUAUCUUCCUUGUGUCUAUCUUCGUCGUCAUCCAGUGCUGGAAAAUCUAUGAUGUUCUACUUGUCAAGGCUGAUCUGUUUGCUUUGAGCACUGCAGCACGCCUGGAGUCUGCGCCAGACCUUACGUUCACGUCGCUUAAUAACUUUACUUUCGUCAUCAAAUACGUGUUGAUCGACGGGUUGUUCCUCUGGUCUUUGCCAAUGCUUAAUGUACCGCUUCUCUCGUUUGGGCCGUUUGUCACGCUUCUAUUGACUGUGCUUGUCAAUAUCUUCACUUUCUUAUUGGCUAGCAACACUGCGUUGCCCUUGCUCUCCGGAAUUGUCGUGCCAGUCUGGAACACCAUCUUCAAACAUAAGGAAUUGAACAUUGUGGGUGAUUCUGUUCUGCCACAGAAAGUCAUCGACAUGAACGCCCACUUCAAGGGUAAGUACACAAUCCAUUAUUUGCCUGCGUCGUCUGUGACCUUGAAUCCAUUCCACUAUGAAGGUUUGUGUCUAGAUGUCCAGCCAGAAUCUUCCUAUUCCAGAUAUGUUCGUGUACCAAUUGAGUUCAACACCACCACCGACAUUGCCACAAUGCAGCUCCAGCACAUCUCGCCAUCUAACUCGAUGACGCUUCUAAACUAUACCUCUCGCGAUAUUGCUAAGUUGUUGAAAAGAGACUAUGCUCAUCUCCACAAGUUACUGGACCAUAAAAAUGACGGGAGGAUUUUCUACGUCGAGGUGGAGCUUAGAAACCCAGGAAAGUAUCGUAUCCAUACGGUAACGGACUCCAAUGGCAUGAACAUUCGUCCUUAUAAGAGUGACUUUACCGUGGGAAACUGUCCAAGUGCUAAGUUCGUGUAUCCUGAGGCUGAACUGGCUUAUACCAAUAUUAAGUGUGUGCUGAAAGAUAACACGUUUCAACCGGAGUGGCUGUUGCCUCUCCUUUCUACAUACGGUGUUUUCCCCUUGUCAGUUGAGGUGAUGACUAAAUUCAAUGGGAAAAUGAUCAAUAAGUUCAACACCACGUUACAAAGUGAGAACAUUUCUCCUGGUCUCAAGUGGCUUGAAGCAGAGAAAAUGACCCGGAAUUCUUUAGAGCAGGAGAUUUUGCGUAACCCGCUGGUUUUUCGGACCGGUAACUCUGGAAAGUUUGAGUUUCAACUUUUAAGUGUCCAAGACAAAUUGGGCAUAAGAAGAGAGUACAACCCAGCCUCUAAGGACCAUGAUAUCAACUUCCCAAUAGUGACUAAGGAGUCGGCAUCGUUGAAAUUGGUUGACAGAUCUCCAGAUAGUCCAUUGUUGUUGGGGCAAACAAAAACGCUCCAUCUCGACACUAAGCAGAUUAUUCAAUUGCCUUUGAAAGUUGCAAUUCAGUUCCAGGACGAAAGGAAUGCAUCUGAGAAAAAAAUUUUGACAUUUGAUUUCAAUGAUGCGGAGGACUUUCACCAGGGAAUCAAAAUCGAUCAGCCUGGCCUCUACUCCUUGGUGGAAGGUAAGGAUAGCUUUUGCCCAUGCGAAGUUGACAAGGGAUUGAUUGUUCCAAUUAUGACUCCACGCGUUCCUACAGUAGUCAUUAAAGGUGAGCCUAUUUCUGACAGAUGUGUUGGAACUGUCGGAUUUGAAUUUGAUCUUAAAUUUACCGGUAAGCCUCCGUUUGAAGUUCUGUAUGAGGUUUUCAAGAAUCUGUCUGGAUUCCUCAAGCCAAUCCUCAGUGAAAGGGGAUUGAGACAACAUACUAAGCGCACACAGAGUGACCAAUAUCGCUUUGACUAUAGACCACGCCAGGAAGGUAACUACGUGUUGAUAUUUAAGUCGCUUAAGGAUGUUUAUUACCAUAACAACCCAGUGGCAAUUCCUGAGGCAGAAAACACAUUUUCAACGUAUUUUCAUCAGAAGUCUAGAUAUACAUUCUUCAAGGAUUCUCGUCAAACGCACCAAGAAAUAAACUUGUGCAAGGGUGGUGCUAUUCUGGCACCUAUUCAUUUUGAAGGUAAUUUCCCAUUCCUGUUCACAUAUGAGAUAGUGGAUAUUAACACAAAGAAAGUGUUGGUGUCCCAAAAAAUCAAAGACUACUAUCAAGAUUCCUUCAAGGUAUCGAGUCCAAACUUUGAUAGGGGAGGAAAUUACGAGAUUGUUGUGAAAGGAGCAACUGAUAACUUGGGUUGCCCAGUAGCUUCAUUAAAGUCUGAGUCCUUCGUUAUCAAUGCUCGAUCUGAUUUACCAGCGGUCCUGUUUAAGAAGUCAGAGACUUUCAAGAUUAUCGAAGGUGACUCAGUUGAAAUCCCUCUUGUGGUAAAAUCGUCUGUUGGUCGUACCUCAAGUGAUCUUAUAAAAUAUACUCACACGGAUGGUGAUGGAAACGAAAAAGAAGUUCUGCUAAGCGGUUCUAAUAUCCUCAGAGUUUCCAAAGAGGGUACUUACCGACUUUCAUCCUUUAGCAAUAAGGGUUGUGAUGGUACAGUUAAGAAAGAUGAGGCAAUUCAAGUGGAGUAUUAUCCAAAGCCAAGCAUGACCUUCCAUCCUGAAGCUGGAGAUGUGGAUAAACCCACGACAAGCAGUUUUAUUUCUUUGAAACCUGUUUGUCAAGAUGCACCAAGAGAUUUGAAAUUGAAACUCACCGGUAAGCCACCAUUCGUGGUUGCAUACCUGAUUAACUAUCCACAUGGCAAGACCAAGUCAUCAUCGAUGGUGAUUGAAUCGAACGAAAUCUCAAUUCCUUUGACACUGAAACGGAAGGGCGUAUAUGAACAUAUGUUCACGGCAGUUUAUGAUUCUCGAUAUACUCAGGAUAAUUUGAAACGGAUCAAUCACAAAGACUCGUUCUCUACGAUCAGAUAUGAAGUUCAGGGAUCUCCAAACCUUCAUGUUGACAAAACACAUAUGCAAUUCUGUGAGAACCAGAUAUCUGAGGAUCGCUUCUCUGCUUCGUUACCGAUUACAUUUGAAGGUAGAUAUCCGUUUGAGUUAUCUGGAAGUAUCCAGAACAGCAACGGCGACAUACUCGAUAAGUUUGAGGUCCAUAAUGUUAAUACUCCUUCAGUUGAUCUAUCUGAGUUGAAGCUAUCGAAACCCCUUCUGUCACUUCUUUCUGUUGGAGAGUAUAUCAUCGCGUUCCAAGGGAUCACUGAUGCCAACAAGUGCCAUCUGAAACAGCUUUUCUCACAGAACACCGUCAGAAUAUCCAUAACCCAGGUUCCAACAAUUCUGAAGCAGAAUCCGAAAGACUACUACUGUGUCGGCGAGCAUAUUGCGUACAACAUGUCUGGAAUUGCUCCAUUCACUCUUUUCUAUGAAUUCAAUGGACAAAUGAGAAAAGCUGAGCAAGGACAUGAUUUCGUGAGGUUGGCAUCGCGUCCUGGAGAGUUGACUAUUCAUGCAUUGAAGGAUUCCUCGGCUAGCCUGUGUUUGGUGAACUACACAGCCAACGACAAUGUGUUUGAGAAGCUUAAGUUGGAGGUUCGUGACCUUCCAUCUGUAGAGAUCAGCCAAGGAGACAGCAUCAUCAAGAAUCUCCACGAGGGAGACAAGACGGAGAUUAUCUUCAAGUUCACCGGAGUUCCACCAUUUCUGGUAACAUAUGUGAGAACUUUAGGAGAUGAAGAAGGACUUCACAAGAGAAGGAAGUCAAUCAAACCACAGGCCAAACAUCCUCGCCGAGUUGCAGAGACGAAAACCGUCAAGGACAUUUGGGAUUACGAGCACACUGAGAUAGUUGGGUUGGAGGGAACGUACGAGGCCAUUAUGGUUGCUGACGCAUUCUGCAAAGCUUCGAGAGAUAUUAAUGAAAUCUUAUAG